AUCUUCAGAAUUUCUCUUUUCCUACUUUGAUCCUAACAGUUGUAUCAAUGGCAAUCUGAUCUGUAUGGGCUUGGUGAAGGCAGGAAAUGGCUAUCUAAGCCUUACCUCAGAGCCAGAUAACCUCACAUCACCGCCUUCCAGCACUGGAUCAUACCUUGGCAUCAUGGAUCCAUCAACUGAAGCCAGAAGUCUCAACUACACUGGAAUUGACCCUAAAAGUGGAAUAGAAAUUCAGGUUAAAAUCUAUUACAAUGGUUUUAAAAAGAAGCUUCAAAUCUAUGCAGCUUACUCUGGAAAGCCACUUCAGAGCAUUCUUAACCAAUCUAUAGACAUGUCAGACUUGAUUCCAAGCUCAGUUUAUGUUGGCUUCACAGCCUCAACAGGGAAAGCCACAGCAGAGAGCCAUCAGGUCAUUGACUGGAUUUUCACCACGACACCAUUAUCCCAUCUCAACUCCAACAACGCUAUGAGGAAGAAGGAAAUGGUUAGAAAGAAAGCAGAUAUUGAAAGUAGAUCAAGAACUGCUGCAAAUCUGUCAAAAGGAUUUCUGCAACCUGAAAGCAAGGUGAAACGGAGACUUCGCAGAGAUUUGUACCAUAGGCCGCCUAAGGCACAAGAACAUAGUGCAGCUGCAAGGAUGGUGCCACGAAGGCAGAAACCUCCUCUUAGUUUAUGAAUACAUGCCUAAUGGUAGCCUUGAUCAAUAAAUCGGAAAACGCCCU